AUGGAAGUGGAGGCAGACACGUUUUAUCCUAUCAGCCAUUUCCAUUUUUGCAGUGUGCUGGUGGAGGCCCGGCUGCUGCUGCAGGCUGUUCGAUCAUCCACUCCUUUCCCCACCCUGGGGCGGCAAGCAGCGCUGCAGGGGGGGGCGGCCGGCGGCGGUGCGAGGGCGCGGGGCCGGGCGGGAGGCGGGGAGCGGCCGCCCGCUAUAAAGGCGCCGUAACGGCGCUGCCCGCGGCCGCCUGCCCUCCGCGCCAUGGCCGCGAACGCGUCGCAGUGCCUGGAGGAGGGCGCCGGGCAAUGGCCGCCGCGCCCGCCCGGGCCGUACAGCGAGGCGCGGCGGCUGGCGCUGGAGGAGCUGGUGGCGGGCGGCCCCGAGGCGCUGCGCGCCUUCCUGCGGCGGGAGCGGCUGCCGCCCUUCCUGUCGGAGCCCGAGGUGCAGGCCAUCGCGCGGGGCGCCGUGCCGCCCAACGCGGCCGAGGAGGCGGCGGCCGAGGCGUCGCUGGACGCGUCGUCGCUCACCUACUUCCCCGAGCGCUCGGACGCGGAGCCGCCGGCGCUGGAGCUGGGCUGGCCGGGCUUCGGCAGCGGCGCGUUCCGCGGGCUGACGCGGGUGGAGGCGCACUUCCAGCCGGGCGGCGGGGACAGCCCGUACGGCUGCAAGGAGGCGGUGCGCCGGCAGAUCCGCUCCGCGCGGCAGAUGAUUGCCCUGGUUAUGGAUUCCUUCACAGACACCGAUAUCUUCACAGACCUCUUGGAAGCUUGUAGCCAGCGACAAGUCAAAGCAUAUAUCCUUCUAGACCAGUCUUCAUUUUCCCACUUUCUGCAAAUGUGCAGGGAUCUAGGAGUUGAUCUGGAGCAGGAGAAGUUGAUGAGAGUUCGAAAUAUCACUGGGAACACAUACUACACAAGGUCAGGUGCCAAAAUUGUUGGAAAAGUCCGUGAAAAGUUCAUGCUCAUUGAUGGCAUUAGAGUGACAACAGGUUCCUAUAGUUUUACGUGGAUGGAUGGGAAGCUGAACAGCAGUAACAUUUUGAUCCUGUCGGGUCCUGCAGUUGCACACUUUGACCAGGAAUUUCGGACUCUUUAUGCACACUCAAAGCCUGUCAACCUCAAAGAGUUCUCCAGCAGCAAGAAGGAUAAGGUGUUUGAUGAGCUGGUCAGAAUUACAGUGGCUUCUAGAGACUUAACCAGGGAAAACUUUCUGAGAAUGGAGUUUUUAUAUCUUAGAGCAUUUGUAGGAAAUCUAAAAAGGAAGCGAAACUGGAUGCAUGCCUCAAGGGAAGCAGUCUAUGUUUCAAGUAAUGCAAUGCAUGUUUCUCCACCACUGACUAAGAGGAAUGGCUCUCUAGUUAUGAGGCCACACUGGAUCAUAGAGAGAUGAAUUGCACGUUCACUCAGAGCAAGAUGCAAAACCUCAGAAGCCAUGUCCUGUGGUCCAUGUCCUGUACUGCCUUACAGUAUGUCUGUGCAAGCAGCUGGGAAGGCAACCUCAAGCUGAGAGAAAGAAAUACUGGAAUUGUGAGUUCAGUUGAACACCUCUGCAAUGUCAGUCAGCAGAUACAAUUAUGGUAUUGUCCUACAUGCAGAAGUGCUUUUGAAAAACAAAAGAAAACUCUUUAAUACCUGAGAAGCCAUUACUGAUUUCUGGUGUUCUGUCAGUUUCUCAUUUUUCAACCUAUUUUUGAUUGUUUAAACGUAAUGGGUUGGUGACGUCUUAGUUCGGUAGCUCAAACCUCAUUUUCUAUAUGUAGAUUCCUUAAAAAAUACAUUCCUUAAGAUUCUAAAGAUGAGUAGCAGGACUGCUGCAUGGCUCUGAAAUCAGUCAAAGCUUAGUCUUGUGUUCCACAAACAGUUCUAUGAUGCAGAACUGGAUGGGAGUAGCCAUAAGCUAGAAGCUAGGUCAGUACCUGGCUUUUAGUGCUGUUUACAUGAAGCUGAGCAGCUAGGCAGAACAAUUUAAUGUAUCAGAUUAACAUUUUUGCCAUGAUUUAAUUUCAAAUAAUCUUUUCUUUUUAGUGAUAAGAACACUUGGAUUGUGACCAUCACAAUAAACACAUCCUAAAUGCCUGCAGUCAAGGGGCUACAUGACUAAGGACCUACUAAUAUUAGUUGCAAAGCCAAAUAAGACUUUUUUUUUUUUUUUCUGCA